CACUGUGAUAACACCUGAUACGCGAGACUACAGCGCAUGCGAGCGGAAUAUUCAUCGCUUCGGCGACAGCUUUAGAAAAGCAGCGCUUCAACGCUUUUCACUCUUUCCAGACGCUUUCCACGCACCGCAACGAUGCCACCCGAAGAAGUCUGCUACCUAAUCGUUUCAGAUUCGCGCGAUAACUUUUAAAAACUUUCGCGAAGUGUCGAACCAUAAAAAAAUGAAUGUGACCACUAAGUAUUGUGAGUUGGAGGGUUUUCAAAAAAGUUACGCUGAAGUUCACGGACCUUUGAGUAUUUUAGUUUGUGUUCUCGGUUCUAUAGCUAAUAUAUUGAAUAUUUGUGUUUUGACUAGAAAGGAGAUGAGAUCAUCUACAAAUUUGAUCCUCACAGGAUUGGCGGUGGCAGAUUUAUUGGUGAUGAUCGAGUAUAUCCCGUUUUGUAAUUACAGUUAUUUGAAUACCGAGAAACGGAAAUAUAUCACCCAUUUCAGUUAUAGUUGGGCAGUUUUUAUGAUUUUUCACGCACUUUUUAGCCAGUUAUUUCAUUUCAUAUCCUGCUGUUUGACAGUAAUUUUAGCUCUUUGGAGGUUACUAACUAUUAAAAACCCUCCAAUAACAAAAUUUUGGUGCGAUCUAAACAAAACCAUUUACGUUAUAAUAUUCACUUACUUACUAUGCCCAAUUAUAUGCUUUCCUUUAUACAAGACUUACAACAUUAAAAACUUCAACCAAACUAUAGACGAUACUGGAAAAAUUAUAAAAACAGAAGAAUCGAACAAUUCUCAAACUUUGAUCGACAACAUCUACGUUUUGCAAUACACCAAUGAGUUCUACGCACGGCUAAGCUUUUGGCUGUAUACAGUGGUUAUCAAAUUAGUGCCGUGCAUUCUUUUGACAAUUCUAUCAACGAAAUUAGUGCUGGUUCUGCUUGAAACACAGAAACGCAAGAAUCGGUUGUUAGGACAAAACGUUCCAAUGAAAAAUAUUAAUCAGGAUGACAAACCGAUAAUUCUGGCUAAAAAGAAGGACAAACAGGCCGACAGAACGUCUGGGAUGUUGGUGGCGGUGUUGUUGUUGUUUCUGAUUACUGAGUUUCCACAAGCUAUUUUAGGGCUGCUAAGUGCUACUGUUGGAGAAUCGUUUCAUAACGAAUGCUACACCCCUUUGGGGGAUGUAAUGGAUAUACUGGCGCUGACAAACUCUGGCAUCAACUUCAUCCUCUAUUGUACGAUGUCGAGACAGUUCAGGUUAACGUUUCAAGAGUUUUUUAAACUGAAAAAGAUUAGGAAAUUCAAUCCGUUACUGAAGCACAAUAGUUUGGAGAAAAUGGGAGAGAAGACGACACAGUUUUCGGCGGUAUAGCCGUUUUUUGUUUUGCACUGGAAAAGUUAUAACAAAGCAAGGCGUAGAAACUUCGCAAGAAAACAUACAUAUGGUUUUUAAGAACAGACAUCACCAGAUGUUAUUUGUUUACUGAUAACACUAUUCCAAACGCUGUUCCAGAUGAUGAUUUUAAAAAUUUGCAAGUUGAUAUAGAAUAUAGAAUGGCCCAAAAUAUGAUUUUAAAAUUCUUGUUU